AUGGAAUUCAUUUGGCUAGAUUUAGAUACAAAUGCCCAUCCAAGAUGGGAUAGAGUUAUGAAUGUGGCAUCCUCUGAAAGAGGUGUACAAAAGAUGGUUGACUUCAUUUUAACAUACAAGAAAAACACCAGACAAGAAAUUAUGUAUGGCGAAGUCUCAAAUGGUCCUUUUGCCUUAAGUCUCAAACUUGGGAAAUUAGGAAAGGAUUCUCUGAACAGAAUCAAUAGGAUUUUUAAAACAAAAAGAUUCCUGUAUUGCUAUUUCACUCAGAAGUGGAAUAUUAAAAAGGACAAUGACAAUUAUGAACUUGAGAUGGAAACAGUAAUAGCAGAAGAACCAACAGGUGGAGAAGAAGAGAUUGAUAAAGAGGAAAUUGAAAGCAUAAUGCAUAAUGCGUUUACAACCAAUAUUUCACCUGAAAAAAAAGCAAGCACAUUCACUUUAAAAUAUUAG